AUGAGUGCGCCACCCACAAAUGCACAGGUGCUGUACUUCCACACAGCGCUGAGGAUCCCUGGGGUGCUUCUUGUGCUGGAAUUAGUGGAGCUGACUGUCAGAGCAGAGCCCUCCCACCAGACCAGAGCAGACUCCUCCCACCACGCCAGAGGGCGGGGCUUUACACUGCUGCAGCUCUUCGGCUCCACAGCUCCCCCCGAGGGCAAACAAAGACUGAAUCUACAUGACGGGUCCCCUAGGAGCCUUCUGCACCCCUCCCUGAAGAACCCCAUCCACUACAGUGGGCUUCUGAAGGCCUUGGAUGGAGCACAUGUGGACUGUACCGUGAGGAUCCACUCGGCUCUGGCCUCAGCGCUGGUCCCAGAGAAUGUUCUGCUGUGUGGGGACGAAGAGAUGCCAGGCCUGGACAACCCCCCCUCAGGGGGUGCUCUGCUGAAGCCGCGGGCCCUCCCCCCUCUGCCCUGUAGCCUCAGUGGGGUGAGUGUGUCCCUGAAACCAUCGAUGGAGAGCUUUGAGAGGCAUCUCUUGCAGCGGCUCAACACAGACUGUCAGCACACGAAGCAGCCCGGGGCAGAGGAGCUUGCCCGGCCCGUUGUCAUCCAGGAGAGGAGGCUGCAUGUGGGGGUGCACAACGGCUGGGGUUUCCUGGAGCGGCCGCAGGUUCUGGUGCUGGAGGUGCUGCCCCCUACUGGCUCCAAGAACAAAGACGGUGUGGCCUCCCUGGAGUUGGGUCUUCGCAGCAGCCUUCAACUCAGCCUGCCCCCCCACCCCGCUGUGGUCAUCGUCUUCAUGCUGGAGUACGUCUUCUCUGCCCCCGUCGGCAAAGAGACCAUGAGGUGGACUGUGGAGUGUGAAGACAGGCUGAGGGACUGUUUUAACUGCACUUUGUGGGACGAACUGUGCGACCACGGGGACGACAUCAAUGCCAUCACGGAAUGCAUAACGGAUUACAUCAACUUCUGUUGCGAAAUCGCUGUGCCUUCCAAGAUGGUACGAUGCUUCUCCAACAAUAAGCCGUGGAUGAACAUUGAGAUUAAGGCCCUGCUGAAGGAGAAAAAGAGGGCCUUUCUAUCAAGGGACAAACAGGCACUGAAGGAGGUACAACGGAGACUGAGGCUGAGCAUCAGGACUGCAAAGGCCCGCUACAAGAACAGGAUGGAGGAACAGCUGAGCCAACAGAAUGUGGCGGGGGGUUUGGAGGAGCCUGAAGACCAUCUCGGGCUUCAAAACACCCCCUGUCCAGCCUGUGGGGGACCCCCAGUGGGUUAA